AUGAAGUAUUUUACACGAUUGAAGAUAUGGGAUUGGACAUAUGGUAUCAGUAUUUUCAAUGAAGACAUCCCGCGUUUAGCUCAGGAAUUUCAGAAGAGAUAUGGUCGCGAACUUAUUGGAAAGAAUUUAGGUCAGUUCCAUUCCGACUUUGCAGAAAUCACAAAAGGUAAACAAAGUUUAGCUUAUAAGUCGAUAUUUUGUGGAAAGAAGACCUACAUAGACUUACUCACUAACGAUUUAAAUGAAGUUGCAUUCCAUGCACGUUGCAAAGGUGUCAAACAAGACGUCCUUGCUUUAACAGCAAAUGAAAUGUUUCCUGAAGCUAUACAAUGCUAUUACAAUGAAGAUAAAAGUUUAAUGGUUCCGCAAGGAAAAUUUGACAAAGACUCUGAGUUCAGUGUUAUGAAGUUAUAUAAAGCACUUCAUGACGGUCAAGAGAUUGCAUUUGACUUAUGUAAGUCAUGCCAACCUUGCUUUGAAGAGAAGUUUAACUUCUCAAUAACGACUAAAACAAGCUUUAUUCGUAAGUUGAAGUUCUGA